AUGAGGCCUGAUGCCAAAAGAGAAAGAUGUAUAUGGGCUGCAUUCUGGGAGAAGUACAAACUUCUUGAACCCGCUCACCCCGUUUUUGGCAUGGCACGAAACAACGAGAUCGACCUCAGUCGCACGGCGGCUGUGGUCAUGCACGGGGACGAGGGCAGAGGCAGACGCCGACAGGCCUUUAUGGUUCUGUCUUUCCAUUCUUUGCUGGGCAGGGGGACGAACCUUUCAACCAAGAAAGCCGUGAAGAAACCUUAUUUAAAGAUGAAGCUGAACUUCAAAGGCCAUAGCUACUGUUCGAGGCUGCUUUCUGGUGUACUUCCCAAGCACAUGUACCAGAAGGAUGAUGAGGUGUUCGAGACCUUGUUGCGGGCAUCGUGUGACGAUGCCCGCACCAUGAUGACAGAGGGGCAGCUUGCAGCAACUUUCUAUUUCGAUUUGUUCCACUGCUGGCACUUGGGUGUGGGACGGAACUUCGCAGGCAGUGCACUGGUUCUCUUGAGCAAUUUGCAUGCUGGCAAUAUUGAUGAGCGGUUCGAUCAGUUGACGACUCAAUACAAAGACUGGUGUCGACGAAAUGGUGCUACCCCGAUUCUGACCAGGAUCAACAAGGACAAUAUACAGUGGGCAUCAACUUCCGAGUUUCCGACGGGGACGUGGUUCAAAGGCCAAAUCACGACGAAUAUGGUGCUUGCGUGGGCCAUGGGCAUUUCUUACGUGGUUGGCGUGCUCUUGAUGCAGUGGGGUGUGAUGUUCGUCCUGGCCUGCCAAGACCCUUCGCAUGCUUGCCUCCUGAAGCUGCUUCACAUGGACAUGCUCGCUACCUGUGUCACGCUGCCGACGGAGCAGAAGUGGGUUUGGGACAUGCUUGCUGUCGUGCGGACCGUGGGAGAGGAUGUACCCCAGGCUGUUCUCCAGACAAUUUAUCUCGUGAAGGUCAAGAAGAACUUCUUCAUGCUUCUCUCUGUUAUGAUGGCUGUGAGCGCCUCACUUAAGGCACUGUAUGACGCCCGUGCCAGGGCUUUGGCUGCUGCAGGUGCAGACGAGGAGUACGACAAUCGCGAGCGGGACUAUAUGGUUUACAGUUGCUCACAAGAUGGGACCAUCAAGUCCUGGAGUAUCAAGGAGGGACGCUGCGUCAAGACCAUUGUGGCUGACAGCCCUGCAAACACUGUUGCUGCCACCCGGGGCAUGCUUUACAGCUCGCACGAUGACGGCGAAAUGCUGGAGUGGUCUUUGGAGACCGGCGACCGGGCCCGAACCUUCCAGCACUUGGGUGCGAACGGGGAGCUUGUCGCUACUGUAGACUUUCUUUUCACUUGGGCAGUCGAGGAGGACACCCUCGAAAUGGAUGAGAUGGCCAAGACUACAUACAAGAUGUGGUCCUUGAACUCGGGUGAAUGCAUUCGGGAGUUCAUGGGCCCACGCACAGAUGAAGUCCGCCUCUUCGUGAAGGGGGACAACUUCUUCGCAACAGCGCCCGAGGACGACAAUGCUGUUGCGCAAUGGAACAUGCACUCGGGCGAACGUCUCGGUACCUUUGUUGGGCAUCGCGCUAGAAUCAAUGCAAUCUUCGCCACGCACAAGCGGCUGGUCACUGGGGCUCGAGAUGGACAUGCCAAAGAGUGGGCCCUCAACUCUCAACGCGAGACCCGUGCCUUUCCAGACCAUGGAAGGAAGCACGUCGCGGCACUGGCCGUGGUGGGAGAAAGGAUGUACAACAGCGCAAGAGCCGAGCCAGUGAUCAACGAGUGGAACCUGCUCACAGGUUUCGCCGCUUUCGAAGCCAAGGACGAGGUGGCUGAGGAGGGCGGUCGCCCUGCCGGACGACGGAUGAAGGGCCGUGGCGGUGAGGAGGACGAUCGCUACGCAGGAAAGGCCGGAAAAUUCGAGAGGCUGGACGAUGAUGAUGACGAGACGGGAGCCGCACGAUCCAUCGAGGGCUGGGUAGUUAUUGUGUCCGGUGUCCAUGAGGAGGCACAGGAAGAUGACAUCUUCGAAGCUUUCUCAGAGUACGGAGACAUCAAGAACUUGCACCUCAACUUGGAUCGCCGGACCGGUUUCGUCAAGGGCUACGCCUUCAUUGAGUACGAGAACAAGCAAGAAGCAGAUGCAGCCAUCAAGGCCAUGGACGGCAACAGCCUCUUGGACCACAAGUUGGAUGUGAGCUGGGCCUUCGCGAAGCCGGGAAGCAAGAAGAAGCGCCGAUAA